GAUUGAUUUUUCUCAGUAAUAUGUGUCUUUCAGACAAUUGGUGCAACCUUUGCAGCCAUGAUUGGAGCUGGAAUGAUGGUACGAUCAAUACCAUAUGACCAGAGCCCAGUCCCAAAGCAUGUUGCUUGGUUACUACAUUCUGGUGUGCUGGGCGCAGUGGUGGCUCCACUGACGAUGCUAGGGGGGCCUCUUCUCGUCAGAGCCGCGUGGUACACAGCGGGCAUCGUGGGCGGCCUCUCCGCCGUGGCCAUGUGCGCGCCCAGUGAGAAGUUCCUGAACAUGGGGGCACCCCUGGGAGUGGGCCUGGGUCUCGUCUUUGUAUCCUCACUGGGAUCUAUGUUUCUUCCACCUACCACUGUGGCUGGUGCCACUUUGUACUCAGUGGCAAUUUAUGGUGGAUUAGUUGUUUUCAGCAUGUUUCUUCUGUAUGAUACGCAGAAAGUAAUCAAGCGUGCAGAAAUAAUACCAGCGUAUGGAGUUCAAAAAUAUGAUCCCAUCAAUUCGAUGCUGGGAAUCUACAUGGAUACCUUAAAUAUAUUUAUGCGAGUUGCCAGUAUUCUAGCAACUGGAAGCAACAGAAAGAAAUGAAGAGCCUCAGCUUCUGACUUCUUUAAUACAUCAGAUAUCUUGCUUGUUUAAUAGGGACAGGUGUUCAUUAAAUAGUUUGUACAAGCAGCUUUCAUUGAAGUUUAGAAGAUAAGACUUGUCAUCAUGUUUCAGUUGUUCCUGUGAUGUGAUGCUUCAGGUCUCCUUUAUCUUCUGCAGAAUAAAUUCAGUUGUUCUCUUCCACAUAAGCACACACAUUUCCAGUUCUCAUGUUUGAGUAAUUCAUAAAUGUUGCAAUGAAUGUGAAAACUAAAGUUUGUGUUGUGAGAAUUUAUUCUAUUUUAAAAUGUAUUUGAUUGAGUGAAAAUUAGCAAACUGUUUUGCUGUAUAUCAUAUCAACAAGUAAUGUCAUAAGUGAUGUAGAGGUUUGGUAAAGGGACCAGAGAGAAGCAAAGGGUCACCUGCAGUCUUUCUUUGACUACUUAGCACUUGCGUAAUUGGUGGUGAGCCAGUGAGAGGGGUCUGGCUCUUUGGAAACAAAUAAUUGCUGUUUUUACAUUCGUCUGUUGAACUUAAAAGCACUGAGCAUGAAACAAAGAUAUAGGUGAUUCAUUCUCCUGAUGUUCCUUUCUUUCUCAUUGCUAUCUUUACAACAUACACGUUAUUUUGUUAGGCUUCUUAUUGUUUGACAUUGCUAGGAUGGUCCAGAAUGUUAAUCGUAUGGAGAUUUCCUGAUAUGUGUUAUAUGUUUAAGUUUUAUUUUUGAACCUUAUAGAACAAAAUAUCCUUAAAACUCUUCUCAGGAUAAAACAUUCAAAGCAUGAAAACUCUUGAAUUUUCAAAUACACAAACACUGUGUUCCUAAUUGCUGAAUUUUUGUGCAUAUUUAUUGAAAUAUUGAAUAGAAUACAUGCUUGCCUUUCCCAUCACUUCAGGCUUUGAAGCUUUUAUCAGAAAAGCCUGUUUGUGACUCACACUUAAGAUUAUGAAAGCAGUUUUUCUCCCAAGACUUGGUUUCUUGUGUUCUCUCAGGCUAAGCACUAAACAAAAAAGGAGGACAUAGCUAGUCUUUCUUCAUGAACUAUGUCAGGCAAAACUGUAAUAGGCAAAAUGCUUCAUUAGAGUUCCCCCAGCAGACUUUUUCUUCUCUCCUGCAUAGACUAUUACUUGACUCUCUUGUGACAUUAGUGUUUUGAUACAGAAGAGUUAUUUUUGGAGGUUCUUAAUGAAUGAAGUGUGUAUGAUUAUUGAAAUGAUUGGUAUUUUUGACAUAUUUAUUACAGUAUCCAGAAGUAAUUAUUCUAACCACCUCAGAUUACAUAUGGGAUGCUUAUUUCUGAAAUAAUAAAGGUUCCAGCCAGAUGGUGA